AGAGUGGGACAAAGGGGAGGAGGGUCACGAGUCAAAGCGGCGGCGGGGAGGAUGCCACCGCCGGCGACUCACGGCCUCCGGGCUCCAGUUGGACCGGGUUAAGCAGAGCUUCAGAGGCUUCUAGAGCGGCGCGCGAACCUGCCGCUCCCCCUGCAGCGCAGAAGACCUGACACCCCCCUGCCUGACCCGCUGACAGCGCCACCCCACCCCCCUUCCCCAGAGAUGGCAAAUCCCGAGGUUGUAAUCAGUAGCUGCAGCUCUCAAGAAGAGGAAAAUCACUGUACUUUUAACCAGCAUACAUCGCCCUCUGAGGAGCUUCUGUUAGAAGACCAGAUGAGGCGAAAACUCAAAUUUUUUUUCAUGAAUCCUUGUGAGAAGUUCUGGGCUCGUGGUAGAAAACCAUGGAAGCUUGGCAUACAAAUUCUAAAAAUUGCGAUGGUGACUAUACAGCUGGUCUUUUUUGGGCUGAGUAACCAGAUGGUUGUAGCUUUCAAGGAAGAGAACACUAUAGCAUUCAAACACCUCUUCUUAAAAGGAUAUGUGGACCGAAUGGAUGACACUUACGCAGUCUACACGCAAAGUGAUGUGUAUGAUCAGAUCAUCUUUGCAGUCAACCAGUACUUGCAGCUGCGCAGUAUCUCAGUGGGGAAUCAUGCAUAUGAGAACAAGGGUACCGAGCAGUCUGCUAUGGCGAUCUGUCAGCACUUCUACAAGCAAGGGAACAUCUGUCCUGGAAAUGAUACCUUUGACAUUGAUCCAGAAAUGGAGACUGAAUGUUUCUUUGUAGAGCCCGAUGAACCUUUUCACAUUGGAACACUGGAAGAAAAUAAACUCAACUUAACACUGGACUUUCACAGACUCCUAACAGUGGAGCUGCAGUUUAAACUGAAGGCCAUUAAUCUGCAGACCAUUCGUCAUCACGAGCUCCCUGACUGUUACGACUUUACUCUGACUAUAACAUUUGACAAUAAGGCCCACAGUGGAAGGAUUAAGAUAAGCUUAGAUAACGACAUUUCCAUCAGAGAAUGUAAAGACUGGCACGUAUCAGGAUCAAUUCAGAAGAACACUCACUACAUGAUGAUCUUUGAUGCCUUUGUUAUUCUGAUAUGCUUGGCUUCCUUAAUCCUGUGCCUCCGAUCUGUGAUUACAGGACUUCAGCUUCAGCAGGAAUUUGUCAAUUUUUUCCUCCUCCAUUACAAGAAGGAAGUUUCUGUUUCUGAUCAAAUGGAAUUCGUCAAUGGAUGGUACAUCAUGAUUAUUAUUAGUGACAUAUUGACAAUUAUUGGAUCAAUUCUGAAAAUGGAAAUCCAAGCUAAGAGUCUAACAAGUUAUGACGUCUGUAGCAUACUUCUUGGGACUUCCACCAUGCUCGUGUGGCUCGGAGUCGUUCGAUACCUCGGUUUCUUUCAGAAGUACAACCUCCUUAUUCUGACCCUUCAGGCAGCGCUGCCCAAUGUCAUCAGGUUCUGUUGCUGUGCCGCAAUGAUUUAUUUAGGCUAUUGCUUCUGUGGAUGGAUUGUGCUGGGGCCUUACCAUGAUAAGUUCCGUUCUCUGAACAUGGUCUCCGAGUGCCUUUUCUCUCUGAUAAAUGGAGAUGAUAUGUUUGCCACAUUUGCAAAAAUGCAGCAAAAAAGUUAUUUGGUCUGGUUGUUUAGCAGAAUUUACCUCUACUCAUUCAUCAGUCUCUUUAUAUAUAUGAUUUUAAGUCUUUUCAUUGCACUGAUCACUGAUACAUAUGAAACAAUUAAGCAUUACCAACAAGAUGGCUUCCCAGAGACUGAACUUCGUACAUUUAUAGCAGAAUGCAAAGAUCUACCCAAUUCUGGAAAAUACAGAUUAGAAGACGACCCUCCAGGUUCUAUAUUCUGCUGUUGUAAAAAGUAGCUAUCAGACUAAUCUGUGCUCUAGAGGGAUAUAUAAUAUAUAGCUGAGUUGGGAAACUGUAUGGGUAUUUUAAGAUCAGGUACAGUAUAUUUGAAGACUAUUACUUUGAGCAAACCAAUGGCUAUAAUUUAUCAAGAACUAUUUAUAUUUUUAAAAGCAAUAUUUAAUGUCUUUUGCAGCUUUAUAUUGGGUUUAUUCUUUGAAAUUAACUUGGAUGAGAGAAGCCACUGGGUUCUUGUUAUUUCUUGUUUAUUUUGCCAUAAGCUUUAGAAUAUGUUCUCUAUCCCCCUCUUCAGCUCUUACACUCUUGCUUCCAGCUAUUUUUACUGGAUUGAUUGUGUCAUCAGUGGAGAACAAUGCCUAGUCUGACUUCAUAAAACUCACUAACUCUGGUCUUGACCACUCUCUGGGGUUCAUCCCUGAGAGAGAGGGGAAGUGGUUGGUAUAUAUCAGUAAUUAUUUUAUUUUAUUUUAUUUUAUUAUUUUAAUUUUAUGUUUUAUUGGAAAGAGAGAGCGAGCAAGCGAGCACGGGGGGGAGAAGGGCAGAGACAGAGAAAGCAAGAAUCUUAAGCAGGCUCCAUGCUCAGCAUGGGGCUCAACUUGGGGUUUGACGUGGGAUUAUACAUGGGGCUUGAUGUGGUGCUCAAUCCUUGGGAUUCUGACCUGAACCAAAAUCAAGAGUCAGUAGCUCAACCAACUGAGCCACCCAGGCAUCCCUAAUCAUCGGAUUUUAAAUUCUUCUCUUGGGGCGUCUGGGUGGCUCAGUGGGUUAAGCGUCUGACUCUGGAUUUUGACUCAGGUCAUGAUCUCACAGUUUGUGAGUUCAAGCCCUGCCUCAGGCUCUCUCCAGUCAGUGCAAUGCCCUCUUCAAGGAUCCUCAGUCAGUCAUUCUCUGCCCCUCCCCCACUAGCUCAUGCAUGUGCUCUCUCUCAAAAAUAAAUAAACAUUAAAGUACUUAAAAAAAAAAAAACCUUAAAAAAACAAUUAUGGUCAUAACUUAAAAAUAAGUAGAAAAUGUAUGCCUUAAAAGACGAAGAACAAAGUCUACAUUCCUUGGAUACUGCUGAUUGGAAUUUUAGGGAUUUUUACAACAUGUAUCUUUGUUUUGUGUGCUGUUCAUUCAAAUAGAAAUGAACUUAAUUAUGUGCAAUAAAGGUUUUCUCAAAGCAAA